UGUUAAUAAGUCCACUCAAUUCGCAAAAAGCAACGGAUUCUCCGAUGUACAAAAACAGGCUGUCUCCACUUUCAAUGAUGUGUCCGUCAAAGGUCAAAACCAAGGAGGGAAUAUUCCAGGGGCAUCCCUGUAACUAUGACCCCUCCAACACCGGCACCGGCUCAUCACAGAAAUUGGAAAUGAAAAAAAUCCAAACAAUCAACGUGUGAACCAGGUACAACCAGCCGAUGCACGAGCCGCCGUCAAAACCAAAUCGAGGAAAAACACAAAUAGAAACCUCAGAAAACCCCAAAGCAUUUCAGUUCAUCAUUUCUUCAAAUAAUGUCAAACCCCAACUCCCCCAAUCCAAUGGUCUAAACGAAAAUAUCUUUCUCUAUGUGUUUUGCCCCCAUCGUUAUCAUCGUUUCGCUUUCACUCGUCUUUGUUUCUUCAAUGGCCUCUCUCCCAGGCCUCUGCCCUUCUUCCCCUUCUUUGAAGCCUAAGCAUAACCGAAUCUCCAAGCCCAUUCCUUCGCUUCCCAAACACUCACUGGCAUUCUCAACUCAAUCUAACCCCAACUCUAAACCCGUCGCCACUCAGUCCGUCGCUCGCGAAAUAUCCGCCGAUUUGUCCAAAAUGAACAACGUUGGCGUUUUGAAGACGGCCAAGCAAGGGGGACUCGAGAAAGAUCCUAAAGCGCUGUGGAGGAGAUACGUUGACUGGUUGUACCAGCACAAGGAGCUCGGGUUGUACCUCGAUGUCAGUAGGAUCGGUUUCUCGGAUGAGUUCGUCGCCGAAAUGGAGCCUCGAUUCCAAGCCGCGUUUAAAACUAUGGAGGAAUUGGAAAAAGGAGCCAUCGCCAAUCCCGAUGAAGGACGGAUGGUGGGCCACUAUUGGUUGAGGAACGCGAAACUCGCGCCAAAUUCGUUUCUGAGAAUACAGAUUGAGAAAACUCUCGACGCCGUUUGCAAGUUCGCUGAUGACGUCAUCAGCGGUAAGAUUAAACCUCCGACUUCUCCAGAAGGUCGUUUUACUCAAAUACUCUCUGUUGGGAUUGGAGGUUCGGCUCUUGGGCCGCAGUUCGUCGCGGAAGCAUUAGCUCCUGAUAAUCCUCCUCUAAAGUUAAGUUUCAUUGAUAAUACAGAUCCUGCUGGAAUUGAUCAUCAGAUUGCACAACUUGGCUCCGAACUGGCUUCUACACUUGUAAUUGUGAUUUCAAAGAGUGGAGGUACCCCUGAAACAAGAAAUGGUCUGUUGGAAGUACAGAAAGCCUUUUGUGAAGCUGGUCUUGAUUUUUCGAAACAGGGUGUUGCUAUUACACAAGAAAAUUCUUUGUUGGACAACACAGCGAAGAUUGAGGGUUGGGUAGCUAGAUUCCCUAUGUUUGAUUGGGUUGGUGGCAGGACGUCUGAAAUGUCUGCAGUAGGUCUACUUCCAGCAGCACUUCAGGGAAUUGAUAUAAGAGAAAUGCUUGUCGGUGCAACUAUGAUGGACGACGCCACUAGGAGCACAGUGCUUAGGAAUAAUCCUGCAGCAUUGCUUGGUUUAUGUUGGUAUUGGGCAUCUGAUGGGGUUGGAUCUAAGGAUAUGGUUGUCCUUCCUUACAAGGACAGCUUAUUACUAUUAUUUAGUAGGUACUUACAGCAGCUGGUUAUGGAAUCACUUGGCAAGGAGUUUGACCUGGAUGGUAACCGGGUAAAUCAAGGAAUUUCUGUUUAUGGGAAUAAAGGAAGCACAGAUCAGCACGCCUAUAUUCAACAACUGAGGGAGGGUGUGCAUAAUUUCUUUGUGACAUUCAUUGAAGUGCUACGUGAUAGACCCCCUGGUCAUGAUUGGGAGCUUGAGCCAGGUGUUACAUGUGGUGACUACCUGUUUGGAAUGCUACAGGGAACAAGAUCAGCUCUGUAUGCAAAUGACCGAGAGUCCAUCACUGUCACUGUACAGGAGGUGACAACUAGAACUGUUGGGGCUCUCAUAGCACUUUAUGAGCGAGCUGUUGGAAUUUAUGCUGCACUUAUCAACAUUAAUGCUUACCAUCAACCUGGUGUGGAGGCUGGGAAAAAAGCAGCAGGGGAAGUAUUAGCUCUACAAAAGCGGGUUUUAGCAGUACUCAAUGAGGCCAGCUGUAAAGAACCUGUUGAACCAUUGACGCUCGAAGAAGUGGCUGAUCGUUGCCAUGCUCCUGGCGAUAUUGAAAUGAUUUAUAAAAUCAUUGAGCACAUGGCUGCCAAUGACAGAGCACUAAUUGCUGAAGGCAGUUGCGGUUCACCGCAUAGCUUAAAGGUUUUCCUCGGGGAAUGUAAUGUUGAUGAAUUGUAUGCUUAAGUUAACACGAUAAAAUUCAUGUUUCAGUGUUUAUGCUUGUGCUUUCGGUACAGAAAAAAAAGCUCCAAUAAAAUUGGUUUACCAUGUAUCUCUUCUUUCCUGGGAACCAUGUCUGUGAUUCAUGGGAACACGAGAGUUGCUGCGAAUGCAACCCAAUACAAGUAACAUCAUUUUCCAUGCUUGAAAAUCUCUCAGGUCGUCCAUUUUCCCUUUCUUUUUAAGACAACAGGUAGAGGUAGGUGAGUACCUUACGUUAGGUUAGUGGGGGCCGUCUCCAUAUCAAGAAAGCCGGUUCCCACCUCCCCCCUUCUAAAUAUAACCUCUACCACCUUACUUUCUUAAACAUGCUUCUUUCCAUUUAUAACGUAAUUAAUCAUAUUGACUGCCCUAUUUAAU